CAUACUUGUAAAAUAUAAUUUUUCGUUCGUUAUUCGGUAAAUUUGUCGAUCUCGUGAUUGUGAAAUUGAUAGGCAGUUUGUGAUUUUCGAGUAAAAUACUGGAUCAGAGAUAUACCGAUAAUGGAAGAGUUGGUGGGAACAACAGCUGGUGAACGUAUACGACCACCGGGUAACGAUCGACUGGCCUCGGACCUCCUGGAGAAACUUUACGGCCUGAAGACAACGCGCGUGACCGAAUUGAACGCGUACGAUGACAGAAACUACCAUGUGGUUUGCGAGAACCUGUCGGUGAAUGGUGAGGCGAGCACCAUCAGCGAGCACGGUUACGUGCUGAAGAUCGUAAACUCUUUGGAUUCCCGAAAGGGUGAGGUUAUCGAGGCGCAGACCGAGAUGUUGAUCUUUUUAAACGAACGGAAUAUCAGCUGUCCCGUACCGGUAAAAAACGUGAACGGGGCGUAUCACUCGUUGGAGAAGUUGGAGGUUGACGGUUUGACGGGCAGGUAUGUCGUGAGACUGCUCGUCUAUCGUCCAGGCGAGCUUCUGCAUCGCGUGCCUAUCACCGGUGAACUGCUACGAAACGUGGGCAGUUUCACCGCAAACCUGGACCACGUUCUCACAGGCUUCUCUCAUCCCGCGUACGACGACCAUAACACGUUAUGGAUGUUGAGUUCCGUGCCGAGGCUGCGUCAGUUCACCUAUGCCGUGAACAACGCGCUCGAGAGGAGGUUGGCGAACCAAGUGAUAGAAAGGUUCGAGCAGGAUGUUUUGCGGGUGACGUCGCAACUCGAGCAAGGCAUCAUCCACGGUGACCUGAACGAGCAGAACAUCGUGAUGAGCUCGAAUGGCAGGGACAUAGCCGCGGUGAUCGAUUUCGGUGAUGCACAUCGAACGUGUCUGAUUUUUGAGCUGGCUAUCGCUCUCUGUUACAUGAUUAUGCAGUCUGGCGACCUGGCGAUGGGCAAACAUGUAAUCGAGGGCUACCGAGUCGUCAGGAAGCCGACGGACUUGGAGAAGAGCAUCCUGAAGGUCACUGUAUGCGCGAGAAUCUGCCAGAGUCUCGUUAUGGGAGCUUAUUCUCAUAUUCGUGAUCCGCAGAACGAGUACCUGCUGGUUACUCAGAAAUCUGGAUGGAGUUUAUUGAAGAAACUUUGGCCCCUUGAUCGGGAUCAAGUGCUACGUAUUUGGGGUUUGUCGGAUUGAAGGAGGUAUAACAAACACCUCCAAUUUAGGCGAAUAUCAAAUGGUUCUUUAAGGUUACAUCUUCCUUGGUUAAUCAUGAGAAAAUAACUAAA